AUUAUUUAAAAAUAUACCAUUUUUGUUAAGAUCUAUGAGACGCCUAUUUAAUAUGGAAGUUCUUUAAUGGGGCAAGUUUAGGAGAAAACACUUGAACUUGGUUAAUGUAGUACACUUUAUCACCAAGAGAUGGCGGAAUGUACUCAAUCAACCUGAUUUUAAUGAAGUCUUGAGCGUUUAAAUGGUCUUUGUUUUGGGAGUCCCCAGUUUCCUUAUCUUUUACCUUAAGAAAAAUGUACGACAGUCAACAGAUAAGAUGGAGGAAAACCAGUUUACAUCUCUCACGGCUCCUUCGGAUUAUUUUCAGCAGUGGUACCAAUCCAGUCAGCAGCACCCUGAAGCGCAGCAUGUGAUGUCGUUUCAUAACAUGGGCCAUUAUAGUGAAGGCCCUGUAGAAGAGCCUGUUAUGGGCCAGCUAUCUGUCCACCAGGAUCCAUCGCUUUACCAGGAACCUUUUUACCAAAACUACCUUCCAGCCUCAAAUCACUACCAGGAGCAGGUCUGCCACCAGAGCACCAGGGAGCAUCAGCACCAGCAGCAUCCUGCAGUCCUGCACCAACCUCAACAUCACUCUAUGACACAGCAGCAGGAAACAAGUAUUCAGCAGCAACCUCAGCCUUCUGGGCAACCUCAAGUUUUGCCACCAGCAAAGAAGAAGAGAGGUCGACCUCCUAAGCAGCAAAUGGACAAUGGUGAGACACAGGAGGAUGAGGAGGACACCGAAGCUGCCAAAAAAAAAGCAAAGAGGGCUCUCAACCGGUUCAGUGGCAUGUCUGUGGCAGAAGUUAUGGCCAAAACCCUUCCUGAUGUUAUUACCUACAAUCUAGACAUAUUGAUAAUUGGAAUCAACCCAGGACUAUUGUCAGCCUUCAAAGGACACCAUUACCCAAACCCAGGAAACCAUUUCUGGAAAUGUCUGUUUCUGUCUGGUCUGACUGAUCAGCAGCUCAACUACAUGCAUGACCAGAGUCUGCCAGAGAAAUACAGCAUUGGCUUCACUAACAUGGUGGAAAGAACUACACCUGGCAGUAAAGACCUCUCCAGUAAAGAGAUUCGUGAAGGAGGCCGACAACUACUUGACAAGCUGCAGAAAUACAAGCCAUUAAUAGCAGCCUUUAAUGGAAAAGGUAUCUAUGAAAUCUUUUGUAAAGAGACCUUCGGUGUUAAGGCCAAGAAUCUUGAAUUUGGCUUACAGCCCUACAGAAUCCCAGAAACUGAAACGGUGUGCUACUUAAUGCCAUCAUCAAGCCCUCGUUGUGCCCAGUUUCCACGUGCACAAGAUAAAGUGCAUUUCUACAUCAAGCUGAAGGAACUGCGAGACCAGAUGAAAGGCCAGGCAGCCAGCCACGAGAUUGUAGAGACGCAGUACACCUUCGACCUGCAGCUAGCUAAAGAGGAUGCAAAGAGGAUUGCUAUCAAGGAGGAGCAAGAGGAUCCAGAGUAUGAGAGCUGCAGUGGGCAGCAGAACAGCUGAGAGUACAGAAGAAAAACCUCCCUGUCUGCUGUAGCACUCAGAAAUGAGCACUGUAAGCCAGUUGUUGGACCAUAUGACAACGGAUCACCGCAGCUGGGGUUAUUAAUUCAACAGAUAACCAAAUAUCAGCUGAACUAGUACCAAGGUACACAUAGAAUUACACAUUAGAAGGGCUUUGCUGUUCCUGAGGCAGUGCAAUGUGAUGCCCAAGACACACAGAGCCCACACCAGUUAUAUUUUUUUUAACACUGAGAAAUGUGCAUGUUUUUUGGUGUUACUUUUUAAUUACUAUUUAUUACUUUUUGUAUGUGUUUCCAGCAGUUUAUUUUGUAUUUUGAUAAAGGGUAUUUUAUGAUUUAUCCACUGUACAACAUUUCUCAUUUGUAAGAACAGCUUUAUUAAAUCUC